UGGUGUGUAGAUCGCCGCGACUCCGGUCCUGUCCCAAAAGCUUCCGCCGUGUCGGCCGUAGGUCGUAGCUUCCGAAAGCGCUCAAGCCCUCAACCUGUUGAGCCCGGGAGAAACAGACCGCCGAGACGAGCUUUCAGUAUGUCGGAACGCGUCCGCCCGACCUGUGCCCGGAACGACCGGAGCCAGCCACUCAAAAAUUCCGGCCUCAGUCCGUGAUGUCCGAUGUGUUGAACGAUGUCCGGAAUGGGUCCUGCCGGCUGCUGGGUGACGCACAAGAGGUUGGAGUCGUGGGCUAAGGCCGCCAAGGAGCGGGCGCUGGGGACGACGAAGUUCGCCUCGACCUCCCAAGAAAAUGGAAGCAAUACAACCAGUAGCAAUAACAGCGUCGAGGAGUUCAACGUAGCGAAAGAACAACACAUCAUCCAGCCUCCCCAAAACGCCUCAGCUCAAGCAUUAACUGCUGAAUUAAUGAAAAUGCCGUUGGAGCUGUGUUCGGCACCUCAGGGUUCCCACGCGCUGCAGCACCAAUCCAAAUCGUAUCCCGGAGGACAACCACUUCUGUGCAGGACGCCGAGUGUUUCAUCGCAGAGUAGUUUGGAUAGCAGUGCGUCGAGACAGGGCCACCGUGGCUCCUCUCCACAGAUCCGCACCUUCGCCCCCGACGGCAAAACACCAGUCCACCAGGAAGCCAUCCACACUUCUAGCUACCCCCUCCGCAACCAGAGUCGCUCUCCCUCGCCUCUCCGCGCCGCCUCCCUCGACAUCCGCUGUUCGUCCCCCGGAACGUCCACCAUCAGCGGCGAGGAGAUCCGCACCCCCUCGCCGUCCCAAUCUAGUCUGGCCUCCUUGACCGGGACGUCGGUCAGUUCGUGCAACUCACCGAUUCCGCCGUCACCGAGGACCGUAGGCCUAGGACGCUGUCUGUCACCACUACUGAUACCGUCGACCAGGUCACACACCCCGGAAGUGAACGUGGCCGCACCCCCGGCGAGUCCUCUGGGGGCGAUACAGCCGGAUCUGUACCUGAGGAAGGACGGGCCGCUGUUCAUCGGGAGCAGCCCGAAAGGGGGGCCGAGUUUGGGGAGGCUGCAUUUUCGGCUGAAGUAUGAUUUUGAUAGGAGCGACUUGGUGGUACAUUUAAUAGAAGCUCACGACCUAGCCGGAAGCGACCAAGGAGGCUUCAACGACCCCUACGUGCGCCUAGCACUGUCACCGGAAGUGGAUUCGCGUAAACGUCAAACGACGAUCCGUCGCAACGACCCGAACCCGUUCUUCGACCAGCACUUCAAGUUCCCGAUUAGCCACGAGGAUCUGCAGUCCAAGAUGCUCAUCCUGCAAGUGUUCGACUACGACAGGUUUUCUAGGAACGACGUCAUCGGAGAAGUGAGGAUGAGCAUGGACGAGUUCGACGUCACGUCGAGUAUCGAGGUGUGGGGCGAGAUCACCAAGAACAAGAAGCCGCCAGAGGAACUGCAGGAGGUGCUAGUGUCCUUGAGUUACCUGCCGUCGGCGGAGAGGCUGACGGUGGUGUUACUGAAGGCGAGGAACUUGUUCUUGCCGCAGGAGAAGGAUAGUGUAGAUCCAUUCGUUAAAGUGUAUCUUCUCGUUAACGGCAAGCGAAUAAAGAAGAAGAAAACAGCCGCAAGGAAAGGUAGCUGCAAUCCAGUGUGGAACGAAGCACUGACCUUCAGCCUGUCGGCAUCAAACGUUGCCAAUGCUGCCAUUGAGAUUUGCAUAAUGGACCAAGCCAACGACUUAAUCGGCAGCAACCCUCUUCUAGGCUGCUGUCUCAUAGGCCCUAAGGAAACCGGUCCGGAGCGCGACCAUUGGCUAGACAUGACCCAGAGUCCACGGAAAGCCAUCGCCUGUUGGCACACCAUGAGGUAAAUCCCCGACCACGCUCAAUUCAUCGAUUGAUCAUAAAACGACUUGAAGAAAAAGACAAGAACAAGAAGACAAAGAAACGAGUCUACGUGUCCACAUUUUAAUGUUAUUCUAUGUUAAACGUGCCCAUAUAAUUAAGUGUUGCUACUAAGUUAAAGUAUGAGCUUGAUUAGAGUAUCAAAACUCAUUUAUUUGAUAAGUGUUGAGAUUGAUUCGAGUUUAAAAAAAGGCCUCGUUAUCACAAUAAGUAAACUACGCAAGGAGAACUUAUGAAUUCCAUGUGUCCUUUUGAAUGUUUUUACAAGACAAUCAUUUUAUUUAAUAUAACUCGAUUUUUUAACUGUCAUAGGAGUAAUAGUGAGGGAAAGCUGUCUAAAAGGAUAUUUAUAUUUGAUAUUGUUAUUCUUUUAACACUACUUGUAACCACUGCACUUUGUAUAAAAUGUGAAUUUUAUCGAGAAAAAAGCGCUUAAAUUGACAUCAGGGAUGUUGAAUUAAAUUGGGUCUUAUGACGUCCCUCAUACUUAUGAUGAAUGUGUCUAUCUAUUUACACUACUGAUAGGUAAAUUAUAUCAAAGAAUAUCUUAAUCUAUUUAUAUCUGUAUAUCGACUGUUUUUAAAUACUACCUACGAUUUAUUUAAUAAAAUCAAACGAUGUACCUAACAAAUCCCUCUGUAUCAACUCGUCUGGCCAAAAUCAAUUUGCAAAAUUUGAACUCGCUUAGAAAAAUUAAGAGUUUCGUCAGCGUCGUCGUAGCUAUUCAACUCGCACUUUACAAGUUUAUAUUAUUAAAGCAAGACGCACUUUCACCAGAUGCAAUGAUGGCCGGAGGGGUUGACACGGACAAUAUAUCAGUAUAUCAACUAUAAGUACCUAAAUGUUAUAUGUUGUUUAUUUAACUUGAUACCUGUUUAUUGAUUUUUAAUAAUUAUUGUAAACAGUGUACCUAAAACGAUUGUUGCAAUAAAUAUCAGUGACUAUUUACCGUAA